AUGGGGAGAAUGGGACAAGAGUCAGAUUACAAAACUCAGUUGGUAUUGAAGAUUUGCUCCAUUUCCACCCGUUCAGUUGUAUGUGUUCAUAGACUUGUCUCAAAUCCAGCUAAGUCAACUUUCAUCGAUUGGUAUUGCAUUCUUGGAGUGGAAGGAAAUGCAGAGGUUAAUACCAUUCGCAAGCAAUACCAUAAACUUGCCUUGCAACUUCAUCCAGACAAGAAUAAACAUCCCAAGGCUGAAAUUGCAUUCAAGCUUGUCUCUGAGGCAUAUAUUUGUCUGUCUGAUGCUGCAAAAAGAAAAGCUUUUAACUUAGAGAGAUAUAAGAACUUCUGCUUUGAGUGCAAUAGAAUCCCGUAUACAUCCAGCAAUGUCCCUAGCAAUUCCAAUGGUUCAAUUUUCAAGGCAUGGAAUAUUAUCAGCAGGUCAAGAUCUUGUAAAGUUUGGAGAAAUAUUAGGGACAUAAGAGAAAGAUUGAAGGAGGAGGCUAUGGUGAUAGAGAAGUGUCUACAGGCAAAUUCAAUGUCAAGGAAAGAAUCUCCCCUCUACAUUCCAUCUAACUAUCUACAUGGAAACAGGUUCAAGCAUAGAGUUGAGAAAGAAAUUCCUGUUUUCAAUCCAAAAAACUACUUGUACCAAGGCUACCCUCAUCCAAGGGGUCCUGUUUACAAGAAUACUGAGACAUAUUGGUACUUGCAGACAGUAAAUGUAGUUCACAAUGACAAGGGAGGAGCUAAGUACGCUUCCCCGGUUUUUGAGGUCAAAUCACAAAGGAGUAUGCUCACAAGAAAAUUUGUUUAUGUCCCAUCACAAUGUUAG